AUGUGGUUAGUUGCGAAAAACAGUUCCCUGCUGUCGCCUGAUCUGACACUGAUCAUUUUGCAUAUUGCCUUAAGAAUUUUAAGGGUGUUGGGGUCCAUUGGGCCGAGAACCUCGAUACAUAUUGGCAAGAAUUCCAUCGAGGGCGUUCCCAUAAUUUUUCAUUUUCUCGUCCGCUGCCCUGGCCGCGGCCAAACCGCAUUCUUUACUUGUCAGGUUUACGUAUCAUUCGGCGAGGGUGCCAGGGACCGUAACAUCCCACGCCAAACAUCUGCCGGCUCUCCAAGGGCGGUGCGCAGGGCUCCGUCAAAUUCGCCCAAUUUAGAAGGGUCAAUGUGUUUGGAUGUACGUAGGAAGUACAUCAAUUUGGGCAAACUGAGGGCAUUGCGGAUAUUAGUCAAGGCAUCAUCGGCCGAAAGACAGGAAACACGACCCAGGGCGAAUUUAAGCUCUGGAUGUGUGUGUGUAUAUGAUCUGGAGCUAUUUGAAAUCUUGGAUAGGAUGAAAUUCAGUUUGGAUAAGUUUUAUAACAUGGCCAUAUUUGGAAUGGAACUAUCCAAAGAACCACUAAGAACUUAUGGAUUACUUUGA